AGUAUGAAAUCAGUGCAAGCGAUAAGAUAAGGCCGCCGGAUUCGGAAGCAAAGUCGUGCAGCUCACCUGUCAAUACUGAUAGUAUGUGAUUGUUUCCCGAGUCGGUAGGGUUGAGAAAUGAAACUGUUACUUGUUCUGUCGGUGGUGGCCGCUGUUGCCUUCGCCAGCGUAGAUACAGCACCUCGUUUGACCGGUGGUUCUAAUACUGUUCCGGGACAAUUCCCCGCAGCGGUCAGCAUCCAUUCUCCUGACUUCCUACACUGUGGUGGAACAAUAUUGAACCGUCAGCAUGUCCUGACUGCGGGCGAGUGCGUCAUGCACUCAACCACCUUCACCCUGAUCAACCCGUUUUGGCUACGUGUCAUCGCUGGUGAUGUUAACCUUGUAUCUGCUUCGAUCCGACGAGAAGUUCGCAAUGUAACGCAUCUCUUCGUGCACCCGAACUACAACCGAUUGACCGGUAACAACAAUCUGGCAGUGAUUCGAGUCAAUACCAUGUUCCCCGAAUUCCACAACACCAUCGAGCCAGCACUGAUCAACACCCGGAUCCUUGCGGAUAACACUCAAUGUCAGUUCGCUGGAUGGGGUGCACAAACCAAUGCUCAAGGUGCUCAGCUGGUCCCCUUUCAGCGAUUUGUCACCGCUCCGAUUAUUUCGACGGCCCAGUGUAAUGCAGCCAAUGUCCACGCAAACCGUGUCCUUUCGACGAUGUUGUGCGCUGGAUCGAUCGCUGCCAACGCCGACACCGUGUGCCAGGGUAACAUCGGAGGCGGCUUGUACUGCAAUGGACAGCUGACCGGAGUGCUUUCGUUUGGUAUUACGUGCGCCGCUGCCAACAAUCCAGGAGUCUACAUCGAUGUCAGACAGUACCGCGCUUGGAUCGACAGUCAGUUCACGCGUACCGAUAACCCCGCCCCUGGAUGGGUUCCGAACCCGUUGUAAGUUAGGUGUGAGCAGUGUUUGAAUAAAGUAUAUUUACCUACGAUAAA